AUGGAAGAAAAUUUGGGACCUGAAGCGAUCCAAGCGCUUGAUGUGCUCGACCAGCACAAGCGCGCCUGUCAAGACAGAUACUACCGACAAGCUCUUAAACGAGAGUCGAUGAAAGCUCGAUACGUGGACACCCACUCAAAAGUGAACAGCUUGAAGCAAAUGGUUGCAAAAGAACUUGAAUUCAAAGUCACUGUCCAGCACCCCCGCCUUUGGUACUUGCUGGACACGGAAGUCGGUGGCCCCAUCCAAAACCUCGGCACUCCUCCCACCCCCCGCUGGGAUGCACAAGGGCAGCUUGAUAUGAUUGCUGAUAUGAUUGCUGUCGACGACAUUCGCGACUUAAUAUCUGGUGUUUCUGAGACUUCCAUGACAACCUAUCUCUGUUUUGAGUGA